CACAAGGUAUGUCGCUGACGUGUCUACCAUGCCACUCUACACAGGAGGCUGAUUGUCUUGUCUAGCCGCAUAUUCCUACGUGCGUACGCCAUCGCCUAUUAUGCGCUUCCUCGCUUUCCCAUAGCCUUAGCCUUGCCCGCGGAGUCUUAGAUCUGGUCAUGGCUGUGUCGCCCGCACACGCUCACGUAUCACGACUCGCUACCGCCGCAGAGAAAGUGCGUGCCGCUCGCGCAACAUAGUGUAGACCACAAGGUAGGGCUUGGGACAUAGCACCCACACCGGCGGACUAUGGCCUUUCGCCGCGCAUACGGUAACUAUGUCAACCUGGGGAGUCUGUACAGCGUCCCGCCCUGGGGCACUGUGCCUCCGUUUGGGUUGAGUAGGCCACAGCAUAAUUCUGUAAAUCUGGGCAGCCUCUAUGCCCGCAGCAAGUCCAAGUUCCCUACUGGGUGGGCGUACUUUGAGGAUGGGUCUGUUUUCAUACUUCCCUUUGCAUGGCUUCCUCACGAUGCCUUCGAAGCGCGCAUGAAGAUAGCAGCGCAGUUCGUAAGUGGGCCUACACCGAAAAUGCAGGAGAUGCGACGAGAGAGCCCGCAUAGUAAGCGCUUCAUCAUCAUCAAUAAGGACACAAGACAGUUGCGCGAGAGGACCCUCCGCAUUCUGGCGCGCAACGCCCAAGAUGAGCAGAGAGUGUCUGUCGCCGACCCGCCCUUCGAAAACGUCGAAUUGACGCUCGACCCCACCGAAAGCCACCCGAUAUCCGCCCGCUUCAACGACGCACCUCAGUUGAGAUACGAACACAGACUGCGGAAUAGUGAGGCUCUGGAGACGUUUCGCGGUACAUUGGUCGAUGGCGUCCUACAGCCAAACGUCCGCCUGGGAAAUGGUUUGCGCCUAUCGAACAAGCCAGAGAUACUGAAGCCUCAAGUGAAAGCGAAGAGGCGGGCGCGAAACCACGAGGCCGCUAGGCUUCGCGAAAGCGUCGGUCUACCUCCAAAGGCACCUGCAAAGCUGUUGGAUCGGCUAGAUGUGCGUGCUUUGAGAGACCGACCUCUGCCCACGAGCUCAGACAGGCCUAAGCCAUCCCCUCGAACACCGCUCCGAGACCGCGAUUUAGAGCUUCGAGAAGCCCAUUUGGCUGAAAGGGAGCGCGAGCUCAUCAGGCUACAACAGCAGCUUCUGCGACAGACCAUGCGCAUCCAGAACUCCCCGCCGCAUCGAGAGAGACAUGCUCGAUCUCAGCCCCGCGACACGAACUACACAAACACGCAUCGGACACGCGAACCGACUGAAGCACGCACCUACACGGAGUCGGAUACCACAGCUGCGGAUAUUGAAGCAAGGAGAAAGGCACUCGAACAGGAUGAAGAGCUCCUAAGAUAUAAGCGCAAGGCAUGGCUUCUCGAACAGAAACUUGCUCAGGCUACAGCACGUCCUCCCCGUAGACGCGCAGCUCGCCAAUAUGACCCCGAAGCGCAAGACUACGACGACACGAGAUAUGCUCGAGGAGUUUCCCCACAACAAGAAGCCGUACAUGAUGCGCAACACGAUGAUGGCGCCGCAGACGGUCACGACUUAGAUAAUUCGUCGCCGACUGAAGCGCUCCAGAGUUUAAGGUCUCGCAUUCAGCUUCCUACGAGACAGACGAUGCGCUCACAUCAGACGCCCCGCUGAACGGCCAAAAAUGCCCUGAUCCUCCGUUUUUCGACCCACAUAAACGCGGAUACCAAAGGAAUUCGCCUGUACAUAAGAUGCGGACGAAAAAAACAUACUCCGAUAAUCGAAGAAACGACUCUUGUAUGAUGAGCACACAUACUGCUACAUCACUGUACUAUACUCAACCAGCAUAUGAUACCCUGUACGAACGACUAUAGAUC